ACUGAAGUUCUGGCACAGGGCCGCAAGACCAUACUCUCCCGCUCCUGGCAUGUCGAUGGCACGAAACAACUCGCCGCUUUGGUAGUCGACGGCCCUGUCGCGUACAAUUCUGCCGAUACUGACGGCAGGCAAGCUUGGUGGUGGCACACCUCCUACAAUCACACACGAGACGACGUGUCCUUUGCAAAUCUAUCUUUUUUGUCACUUCUGGCGCACUUGUUUUUGCUUGUGGUGCUGACUUCCACCCCGUCUUCUUCGCGGUGUGUAACGUCUUUCGUACUGUCCCUGACAUGCAAAGACCAACGGUAUCCACAAGUGCACCAAAUCGAUUCAACUUACAUCUCUGUGCGUACCUGUCUUCGGUUUUGAUUUCGGUGUCUCUUCAUCCUGCCCGCCUCUGUCUCUGCGACGACGGCGGGUUGAUCGUGACGGUGACGGUGGUGGCGGCGGAGGUGGUGGUGUUGGAGGCGGCGGGACAGACGGUGAUGGUGUCGACGGCGAAGUCGAAUCAUUUCCACCUGCAACACACAGAAUAUAUCGCCAGCACCCGCAGAUGUACACACAAAUUCGCUGUCCCGUACUUGAGUGUGGCGCCUUCGCUUUUGCUUGCGGUGCCCCAGUCUGCGAUUCAGAGGACGCGGGCGCCUUUGCCGAGGGCGGAGGCGGAGGUGGAGGCGGAGGCGGUGGUGGCAUCGCGUCACUGUCGGAUUGCGCUGCGGAAACGAAGAGACACACAAUACUAGGCGUGUAUGGCCUUGUCUCAUAUUAGCUCUCGCCUGCUGUAGAGGACCGCGGCAUAAAAGUUUCCGGCGCUGCGACCUUGACGGGCGGCGGCUCAUAUGUGGCUCGCGGCAGGCCAACGAUAGGGUCUCCCUUACGGCGCGGCAGUCGCAGGGACGAAUCGACGGGGUCAAGUCGGAUAAUCUUGUGCUUCUGGAUGCGGGUGUCGAUCCCCCCGUACUUGAAUUUGUAGUGGUCGUCGCCCUUGGACAGCGUGCGCAGAUCCACUCCCAUCUCGUUCACGCGACGACAAAACUCACGCGCCUUCACAGAUGCACGAGGCAGCAAAACAGACAAAAAACAAGUACAAAGAGACAUCCCUCUGUAAUCGAUCAGCUCACAAAUGGGUAGAGCAAAUCGAUGGAGACGCGGUUCUCCUGCAUUGCCAGACGGAACUUCUCGUCCGCCAACACACCAUACAUGCGCGUGCUCACAAACACCUCUCCCUCUUCCGGCUUGUUGCGCGCCUCGUCGUACGUGUCUCCAUACGUGAAGUACAGCAGCGUGACUUCUGCCACACCGGCGCGAGUUAUCUGGCAUGCCGGACAGCCCUGGUCCGCCUUGUUCUUGAUCGCUUUGUAUGGGCGCCCAUCACACGCAUGUCCUGUGCAGGUCGGCUCAAUCUGGAGCACAAAAUGUUCAUCAAACAGACACACUGCAACUCGCCAGAAACCAAAUCGAUCAUCGACAUUACCUCGAUUGCUUUCAGAUGGAUGCGUUGGUUGCAAACACUGACAUUCGCGUCGCCUGGACCGUGAAUGGGCGCUGGAUGCACAGGGGGUUUUGCAGGACAACGGGGAUAAGAGGGUAUCUUGUCUCCACUACAGGUGUGCUGCGAACAGCAAAUCCAAUCCAAUUAAAGCUGCGACAGACCUCGCGUAUAUGUGUAUGUGCAUUCUUACUCGUCUUUCAUGUGUGAGAAUAUCUUUGGUGCACAAAGAAUGCAGUCGUCGGACAGCAUCAGUCGACUGUGUUCGAGUCUGGCGUAGUUCAUGAGGAUUUUUAAGUCCUGGCGCCCUCCGAUUGCACACAGAUUACCUGACCAGAUGCCGUCGUGAUGCUACAACCAAACAGACGCCAACCAACCAACAAACACCAAACACUGGACAUCCAAGAGACCCUCCUUUCGCUUACGCCAGAAAAUUCAUAUAUGUAUCCGACGCAGCGUUGCCUUUGAGGUCUUUCAGACCAUACUGCUUCGUCUUCUGUAAAGGAGUCACACGCUUUGUGUGCACCCAGCAGCAGAAGAGGAAUGUGUGUUUGUAGUCAAAUGUUGGGUCCUCAUAUCUUGUGAGGCUCAUUUCCUACUGCCAGCGUACUGCGCUCGACUCGUCUCCAUUCGCAGACAACCCCAGCCUUGCGUAGAUCCUGUUCAGCUGUACCUCUGUCGAAUCGUUACUUCCAGUGAUGUCCCGAAACGAAUGCGCCGACUGCAGACCGGCACGCGACAACGGCCGCUGACGUGCGACUCCGCUUGCUGCUGCUGUUGCUGCUGUUGCUGGGUGCGCUGCAUGUUGCCGUACAGUGUGUGCAUUAGCCGAUUCCACAGCCGAGCUAGGGCGGCGUCGUACCCACGUUGUUGUUCGCUUGUGUUUGAACCUAAAGACCAUACACAAACGCACACACGCAAAGACACACAGCCACAAGCAAUAGAAACUGACUGUGUCGCUUUCCUGACUGCCCGAACGCUUCUCCACUUGACGUUCCACUCGCGUCUCGCUGGUCAUACAAUUGCACUUCGCGUGCAAUCACCCACGAGUACAUCCGGUUGAUCGGCUCAAAGCACACGGUCUCGAAAAACCCACAUGUGUACCUAUUCCCCACGCGGUCGAGGUGCAGCGACAGCUCCAACAUCCAUCGGUGAAGACGACCCACGAUUUUCGACACAAUUCGGAAUGCCUUCAAUGGAAAAACACACAUCCAAUGCCGCCACCACCACUCUCAUUCAUGUCUCGAUACCGUGAGAGUCGCUUGAACGCUCGCUCUAUCCGUCUGAGAGCGAUGAAAGGUAUUUCGAGUCGUGUACAGCCUGUUCCACCCUCCAGACUGCUGUAUCUGAAUACAGAGCCACAGAAUGCAUUCUCGCCUGCGAGACAUAAUGAGCACUCACCAUAAACGGUGCAUGCGAAUUCUGCCGGAUGUGCAUGUGUGACAGUCGUGCGCUGUGCACACGUACUAAAGGCACGUGCAGUGCACCCAUCACAAUAUUUCCAUUCGUGCUGUGCAUCAGUUUGUUCCACAUUCGAGAAGUGAGCUUCAGCACCUGCAAUGGCCAACAUGUAAGGUCGUAUACAGACUUUGUAUUCAACUCACCUGCUGCACGUAAGUUUUGCAGAUGUUGCCGUGCAUCGCAUGCAUCUGACGGUUGUGCUGUCGGCGGUGACGUCGGUUGUAGCGUCUCACCGCUCGCAGCGCUCCUUGAAUCCUCUCCAACUCUACAUACACAACGACACGUCACUUUGUCUCUCUCUCUCUCUCUCUCUUUGUCCCACCUCGCAUCUUGAGGGUGGCCUCAUAUCUCACUAAGCAAUCCACUCUGCCCACCACAUGCAGAAGGAUAGACACCUGAAAUUCACAUACAUACACACGCACGUGCGCACAGCAUGGCCAUGCACACACAUGUCGCGCCGAGUGUGUACAGUGAAUAGCUGGAGAUCCUCAAACCACUCGACCCCCCAAGCCACCGCGACCGCAAUCGACAGACAGAACUGACACAUAAAAAUAACGAGAUGCCAUGACGUGCGAAAGUUCUUGUCUCAACACACCUACCGUCAGAGCAUCGAACGGUUUGAAAUAAUUCAGGACUCCCAGGAGGGCGAAUUAUACGAUGAGUCCUCCGAUGCUUUCCGUCGCUUCAUAACCAAACAACGACCCCCACCCUACCAUCCAAGCUCCCAAACAUAGAAGCGCGACAAUCCCAAUCGUCCGCAUCCAGAAACCACUUAGACUGGGCAGCAAGACACAAUUUUCCUCAGUCUCCCAUCUGUUUUCUUCUUGCAAGUGUACAGGAGCAUUACUUUUCCGUUCGGCGCUUACGCUUUCUCGUCCAUGGCCCGUUUUCCUUCUGGAGCGUCCAUCGACGCAUUCGCUUCUCGUACAUGAGGCUCGAGCGCCAGCUAUCGUCCGUCUCAAACUGUACGCACAAUCAUUCCAACACACACCAACACGCAAACACGAUUACACACAAAGACACCAUGUGUCUCCCCUCCUCUUUCGACGUCUUCCUCCAUGUGUCUCACCAUUUCGUGGUCCUCUAGGUCGCUCUGGUUGUCGGUGGGUGGGCUGGUGUUUGUUGCGUUUCGAAAGAACGCCUCGGCGCCCUCUGUGUUGUCCGCAUCUGUGACGAUAUACGAUAUCGCCGAUAUCUGAUGACCACACAUAUGAUCGACAAUUCCUGCCGCUUCGGUCACCUCCAUCACCUGUCUCCGUACCAAAUCGGAGUAUUUGAAACAUGUACCAUUGUCUUCGCACACGAUCGUGCACAGAAGGUCCAGACCAUCUUCCUGCACACAAUGUCAUUUCCCUUCCUCCUCGCAUCCCUUGCCUUGCUGCGUACCAUAUCGAAAUACGCAGGAGUCGAAAAAUCAAAGUCGUCCCACAUGGUUGUGGUCGUGAGGGGGCUGUCGGUUGAUGGAACUAAAAAGCCGCAGAUGUCUCCACCCUGAAAAUGCACCUGAUAUCGGGCCACACAGGCAAAGAGCAACACAAAACGUACGAACCGACGCAGAACUCAUCUUUUCGUCUCUUCUCUGUCCGACAGGUGAGGGCCCCAUAAAGAUCCACCCCAUACCUGCCAUUCGACGCUUGGCACAAGUCUGUCGGUCGCUCUCAUGGCGAAGACCACCACAAAGGCCACCAAACAAAUCAUCCACAU